CACAAUAGGAUCUGGACAGGAAAAAGGAGGAUGUUGUGCCCUUUAUAAGUAGGGUUGCCCUUCUUGGUUCUGGUCAUCUGCCAUCCUUCAAGGACUCACUUGAUAUUGGGUUCAAGUGGGGGAACAAAUCCAGUCUCUCUGGUGGCAUACAAUUCUCAAAUAGAUCAGUGACUGAAGAUCCCAAUCAGACAUGAACUGCAAAUGGCUCUGGAUCCUGUCUCUUGUCUUCAUUAUAGGACUCAGCAGCCUGGCAGAAGCCCGGUUCCGUCCAUGGCGUCCACCGCGUCAACGUCCACGUCCAUCACGAGGAAAUUGUAAUGUACCUCCAUAUCGUAGACAAGUGUGCGGACGUCCAGGGAUAUCUCGAGCUACAUGCCAACGGAGAGGGUGCUGUUUUAGCAGUGCAGUCCAAAACGCCAAAUGUUUCCAUAAGGGAUGAUUGGAAUGAAUUGAAAUUCUGGCCUGAAUCUCACACUGGCAGUGGAAUCCAUGGAAGAGAAAAGAUUGUGGCAUUGCAGUUCAUUAUUUCCUGCUCUCUAAUUCCCCUCCUGAACUUUCUUGCUUUUAUUUGUGUGCAAUAUGAGAGAAAUUAGGUUAAAUCUGCAUUUAAUUAGAGAAAUUGCACUGAAAACAUACUUAUUUUAGCACACUUACCAGUGAUUUGUGGUAAAAUUGGAAAGAGGGUGCCACAACUUAUCAUUUUGGGAUGGGGUGUCCUCUUGCUCUACCCACAAGUUGAAUAUUCUCAUAGCCUAAUUUCCCCGGCACUGCUCCAUCCUAAAUUUUGAUAAUUUGUCAGGUAGCCUCAACUUCACAAAUAUUAAUCUGUGCUACUGCUCUUUAGAACACAAAAUGUAUUGCAAGUCCCUCUCCUUGACUGUACUAUCUUUCUGAAAGCUCAUUUUGCAUUAAAAAAGCAUUAUUAAAA